ACCAAAACGUAAACAAUGGCGACUGUAACCUCUAGCAGGCCGUACCACAUUAUCAUUUUUGGUGCCACGGGAUUCAGCGGCCAGUUUGUGGUGGAGGAGGUCGCCCGGUGCGCCGCAGAGAGUCCCGGUGGUCUGAAAUGGGCUGUGGCCGGGAGGAGCAGACAGCGCCUGGAGGACGUGUUGAAGCAAGCUGCGGGGAGGCUGUCCAUGCCUGAUCUGAGGACAGAUGUUGAAAUCAUUGUUGCUGAUGUGUCCAUUGAAGAGUCCCUGGCACUCAUGUGCCAACAAGGCCUGGUGAUUCUGAACUGUGUGGGACCUUACAGAUUUUAUGGAGAACCAGUGGUCAAAGCUUGCAUUUCAAAUGGGGCUCACUACAUCGACAUCAGUGGAGAACCACAGUUCCUGGAGCGUAUGCAGCUUGAGUAUCACACUAAAGCCUUGGACAAAGGAGUGUAUGUGAUAGGCAGCUGUGGCUUUGACUCCAUUCCUGCAGACCUGGGUCUUCUGUACACACAGAGGCAGUUUAAAGGGACGCUGACAGCUGUGGAGAGCUUCCUGAAUAUCAUUACUGGGCCUGAGGGGUCGUCCGGCCAUGAUGCCACUUGGCAGUCUGCCGUGUACGGUUUUGCAGACAGCAAAUCUCUCAGCAAGCUAAGGAAAAAGUUUGGCCACAAGCCGCUGCCUGUGGUGGGUGCCAAAGUCAAACAGAGGAGUUUCCUCUUUUUCAGCAAAGAGAUUGAUCAGUACACCAUCCCAUUUAUGGGUUCAGACCGCUCCGUUGUCAAGAGAACCCAGCGUUUUCUGUAUGAGGAGGAACAGCAGUCACCAGUCCAGUACAGUCCCUACGUGGGGAUCGGUGGCAUCUUCUCUGUGGUGAAGCUCUUCUGUGGUGGGCUGCUCUUCUGGGUCAUGGUGAAGUUCAGCCUGGGCAGGAAACUCCUCGUCUCGUUCCCAUCACUGUUCUCGUUUGGUAUGUUCACAAAGUCCGGGCCAACCAUGAAGCAGUUAGAAAACACCUGCUGCAGCAUUACAUUCUAUGGGGAAGGAUAUUCUGAGGGAUCAGAUCCGUCAGAGGGUCAGCCCAACGCCAAGAUUUGCACUCAGGUCGUAGGAGCAGAUGGAUAUAUCAUUACAGCUUCUGCUAUGGUUCAAGCAGCCGUCACUUUAUUGAAUGAGCUGCACUCUCUCCCAAGAAGGGGAGGCGUGUACACUCCAGGAGCCGCCUUCUAUAAAACCAGUCUGAUUGAGCGCCUCAACAACCACAGCCUUAAGUUCUCUGUCAAAAAUUAACACCAGACAUUUAAAAAUAACCACUGUAGAUGUUUAAUCACUAAUCUCUACUAGAGAUGUUCUUGACCUCUCAUCCAGUAAACGACGCUAACAGCGUGAGCUGAAGGUGUUUGUUAAUCAGCAGGUGACAGAAGCACUAAAGCAGUGGGAGUUUUUAUGUCUGUGUCAAGUACACUUCAAAAAACAUCUACUGCCUUUCACUGCUUUUUCUUUUUUCUCACCAUUGAAGCAGAAAAUGUUUGAUCAAUAUCAUUGUGAAAGGAAGCGUGUUUUCUGAUGAGUAAAAAAAUUCCCUCUCAUCACCUAAAAUAUCUCGCAGAUCAAUGCUGCGGCUCUGCAUCUUGUGAAACAGCGGGCAAAACUCACACACUAAUCUGUUGAUUCUGCACUCAUUUAAUAAGGCUGGUUUUAGGAAAAUGAACUGAGUCAGCAAGCAAAUUUGUAUUUAAAACAAACUUUGUUUUCAAAACACUACAGUAGCAUCUAUAGAUUAAAUAAUCAAACAUAACAGAACAGAUACAUAUUUAUGUUAUAUAUAGUAAAUCUUUUGUUAAAUACAUAAUGCAGGAAAGCUCUGGAGUGAGAGAGGAUAAUUUUGCUGCUUUUAAGCAACAUACAAAUGCAAGGGGCUGGAAAAGCUUAAAAAUUCCAUUGAAAGUGCUUGAAAAUUGCUGGAAUUUGAACAUGGAAAAGGUGUUUUGAAAUAAACUUGCAUUUUUUUAUUUCUAGGGAUGCACUAAUACCCCCUUUGUCAGACCAACUACAAUUACAUACAUUUGGGUACUCAUUGAUACAGAUUACAAAUAUGAAUACUUCACAGAGCCAGUACAGGUUGUUUUUUUUCAUCAGAUGUUUCUAACCUCUCUUUUUGACUAUUUUGCAGUCUAUAGCUGCACACUGCUCUAUUUUUAGCAUCCUCUUUUAUGCUCAUAUACUGCCAAACUGCAGACAUUUUUAUGCAACAUGCUUACACACUCAAUUACAGAGAAGAUAUCAUUCAGUGAAAUGUUAUCUGCAGUGUUUUGCAACAAAUACUUAGGUUUGUUAUCAGCACAGAUACCCAAUACUGGUAUUAACACAUCCCUAUAGACAACAGUAUAGCCUGUUCUACACAUAGAUGAGGGUGAUGUUAUUUUCAUACAGAGAAAUGGCCUAACAAAGUUAGUUUUAUAGGGAAACUAUUUCACACUUAAAAGACAAAUAAAUAUAUAAAUAUAAUAUAUGAUGCAAUAAAAUACCAGCCCAUACUGUAUUUAUAUUCUGUUAAGAUAAGCCUGUUGGGAAAAAAGGUCAUACAUGAAAAGGAACAAACACUGUUUGUAUAAAAUUCAACAUCCGUACAAUAACACUACAGCACCAGAACCAACAAAUGCACUUACCACUAAUGCACCAUACUGUAUCUGUGUUUUAAAAACACUCAUGUUGCAGUCUGAGGAAAUUAUAAAGUCUGCUUUAAAAAGAAAUGUUAAAGUUUUGAUUAAAGUGAAAUGGUGUUUAUGCUAGGACCUAAAUGGCACAGGGCUGAGAGCCAAAGUCACGUAGAGAAGUGUUAGAGUUCUUUGAUUGGGGUCUGUCUCUUAAUCUGUUGUUAAUGAUAAUAAAUAUAGAACAUACUGUAUCAAAAACAUGCCAUUUUCUUCAUUUUUUAUCAUUUCAUUAAUUGAUCACUAA